GAAACAGGAAAGAGAGGGAAACCAGCAUUUUCUGGGAGGGGAGGGAAGAUUCCCGCAAAAACAAAAGAUAAGAAAUGAGGUACCUUUCUCUCUCCUCCUCCAUCAAAGUGGCGCUACUCUUCUCUCUCUCCUUCACUGCCACUUCCACUUCUUCACCAUCCUUGUUCUUCUCCAACCCUAAACCAUACUUCCCAUUUUCUCUCUCCUCUCGUCAUCUUCACAAAGCCACAGCUGCGGACCUUCUCUCUCUCCUCGGCCCCGAGGAUCAAGCCUCCAAUGUCGACCCGAUUGAAGCGAAACAACUCAGGUCUUGUCUCAAAUUCCUCGUUCCUUUCAAUUUAACGUCAAUUGAGGAUGAUGUUGUUUCGGUCAAACGGAGGUCAAUGGUUGGUGUUAUUGGUCAAAGGAGAGAGAUUGAAGAGGAUGAGCUGAUUCGGUGGCCUCCUUCCUCGGUUUUGGACCUCGCUCGGCUUUCUUUUGAUUAUGGUGGUGAUCCUGGUGUUAUUCACCACGCCCUAGAUCCUACGAUCAUACCUGUGCCUGAUGUUGAAGGGUCGAAGAAAUCUAGGUGUGAGCUCACCAGAACUCCCUAUGGCUGGCACUUCAUAAACGAUGAGUUAAAUGCUUACCUUGUUUUCUUAUUUGAAAUGAUUGCUUCCCGGGGUCCAAGUGUGGGGCUGAAUGUUUCCUUAAAUCGCUAUGACUUCUUCCAUGGUCAUCUCUUUCUUGCCAAAGAUACUGGAAGACUUGGAAUAUUGUUCCAUGCCAAGGAAUACCCAGCCUAUGACAAAAAAGUAUUUCCAUUUAACAUGGGGUAUUGCCAAAGAGGAUCUGAUCUAGCUUACGACAGUACGAUGAACUUAAGGAAUAUUCUUUGGUUGGCUCCAAUGCCGAGUAGUUCAAGUGAUGCUUGGGUUGCGCCUGGUGUGUUGGUUGUUUUGGAUUCUCGUCCAGACGGAAUUAUAUACAGAGAUCUCAUACCUGAUUAUGUGCAAAUUGCACGGACAUUAUAUGAAGAUGAUUUUGGAGAAGUUGCUGUAGAUGUCAACUACCUAAAUGUGGGAGGUACAUCCUCCCCAAAUUAUGAGCUCUUCGUUUGUUAACUUUGAUCAAGGUGAUAUCUCAUUCAAGAACAAGGAGAAUAAGCUUUCAGAUGUAAAUUCUAUUUUCUGGAGCCUUCAUGUUCAUUUUUUUUUGCCAGCCUUCCGCUUUCAUUUAGGCUGAUUGAGUAUAAAUCUUCGUAAUCUGUAAUAAAAAUACUUGCUUGAGGGCUUGAAGCUCUUUUAGUUGAGAGCUUGUAUGUGUAUUGUGUAGCGUGUUUAAAUUAUAUGUGAAAGUUUAUUCCAUUAUUCAGACCA